AUAGGGCUUGAACCCCCCACGCAGAAAUGAGGAAGGUUCUGUGCGUGGAGCCCGUCAUUUUCAUCUACCUUUUCGCGACUUUCCUGACGAUCCCGCUGGUGCAGCAGUUUAUCUACCGGCGGCUGUGGGAGCAGGAGUUCAACUCCACUUUCGUGAGCGAUAGCAAUGUCAGUCACUGCGAGCAGAAUAAGAGCAGCCCGGCUUAUAACAAACAGAAGGAAGUUCAAGAAAAAGCCUCUGUUUUUAAUAUGCAGUUGGACUUAACUGGGGCCAUUCCCAGCCUUAUAGUUGCCUUUGUCAUUGUAGCUAAUGGGGAUCGCCAGGGACACAAAAGGUCUUUAGUUUUACCAUCAAUGGGAGCUUUGAUUGCUGGUAUUAGCCUCACUGCCAUAUCAUAUUUUUCCUUGUCACUCUCUGUCCUGUUUGCAGUUGCAUUUGUUACUGGACUGUUUGGGAGUAUAGCAACUUUCCUUGGAGGAGGCUUUGCUUUUAUAGCAGAUGGUUGUCAUGAUGAGAAACAGAAAACAACACGAAUAGCUGUAGUGGAUUUGAUUUUUGGAGUUGUAUCUGGAUUGGCAGGACUCUCAUCUGGCUACUUUCUGAGAGGAAUAGGCUUUACGUGGACAUUUGUGACAGCAUCUCUGCUUCAUGUCAUUAAUAUCAUCUAUAUUAUAUUUUUUCUGGAAGAUACUGUAAGUGUAUCUGAAUUCCAGCAUGAGGCACCAGUAUCCUGUAAAGAACUUCUUAGAGAGACAUUUUCUGGAGUGUACAUGCUUUUUAAAACUGCCCCUUAUAAAAAGAGAAUUUUAAUAAUUGUGUUACUUUUUGCAUUUAUGACUUAUAUGUUUACUAUGAUUGGUGGGAGUUCCCUUUUUACAUUGUAUGAACUGGAUGAGCCGCUCUGCUGGAAUGAAGUAUACAUUGGAUAUGGAGCAGCUGCAUUCACAUCUGUCUCUCUGACCAGUUUUUUAGGAGUUUACUUAUUUUCUAAAUGUCUCAAAGACAUCUAUAUUGUCUUUAUUGGGAUAUUUUCUUACAUUGGAGGAAUGAUCAUGGCUGCCUUUGCCAAAACUACCCUGCUCAUGUUUUUAGUGAGAGUGCCAUCUUUGUUCUGCUUUAUGCCUAUUCCUGUUCUCCGAUCCAUGCUGUCAAAAGUGGUUCUCGCUGGUGAACAGGGUGCUGUGUUUGCUUGUAUUGCCUGUUUAGAAGUUGUGACCGGCAGUAUUUCAGUUUCAGUUUUUAAUAUUAUCUAUGCAACUACUGUUGCAUGGUUUUCAGGCUUUAGCUUCCUCCUAUCGGCAGGCCUUUGUCUAAUUCCACUGACUGUCCUGUGCUGGCUUCUGUGCACAAGCUGGAAUGGGGAGGACUUGGCUUUGCUGGUACCUGAAGAAGUAUCCAGCAUAGAGAGUGCUGAUAGUUGAACAAAGGAUCCACAUACCCGGGAUUUCUAAUCUGACAUGCAGUGGCAGAGACCAUUAUGUCAUACAGACACCACAGACAUAACACAACACAAUCUCCAAGUGGCCCUGCAGCAAUAAGCAGUAAAUUGGUAGCACUCUAUACCCAGUCUUUCAACACUUGACUAAAGCUAGCUCCUAACUAUGCAAAUAGGCAAUUGAUAUUAUAAUGCUGCUUUCAGCAUGA